UCUAUCCGAGUUGUUUAAUUUAAAUUAGGAGCGCAUUCAUUUGCUCCUGAAAUCUGCUUCCCCCUCUCUGUGGGCCAGUAUCAUGACAAUACAGUCCUACUGCCAAAGACCCCAUGUUGCUAAGUAACAAUGACAAACAAGAGGAAACUUGCAUUUGCAGUGUGCAGGAAAGGAAACAUUGCAUUCCUGAGCUUUGCUCUCAACUUUGAGGAUUACGAUCAGUGUCACCAGGGGCUGGUGGUGUUGGUGGACUUUUAAAACUGAAGACAAUCAUUACUUUGUUAAGUCAGAACUGGAAACACAAGACUAUGCACCAUGACCAAAAGGAAAGGAAACACAGGGACGAAGGUGACACUCAAGGAUGCCAAGAAGGCCAUAAGGAUGAAACCCGACGGGUGGCGCCGGCUCACACUUAGCAACAUGGGCAUAACCAUCUUCCCGCAGUGUAUCCUCAAACUGACUAACAUGGAUGAGUUGGAUCUCAGCCGCAACCAGAUACAAAAAAUCCCAGAGGGCAUUGGGAAGUUGUCAUCGCUCAGGUGGCUGGACCUGCACAGUAACAAGCUAGAGUCCGUGCCAGAGUCCAUCGGUAAACUGGUGGGCCUGACCUACCUCAACCUCUGUAACAAUCGUCUCACCUCGUCAGGUUUGCCCGCUACGCUGGCUUCCCUUACCAACCUGACGAGUCUAAAUCUGGGGUUGAACAAGCUGGAUGCCCUGCUUCCCACUAUGGUCCCUCUAGAGAGCCUCCAAGAGUUAGGCCUGUUUGAUAACCUCUUCACCCGCCUGCCAGACUUUGUGAAAGCCCUACGCAAUCUGACUAAAGUGAACAUAAAACGAAACCCCUUGUUGAAAGUUAAGGAGUCCGGCGAGGAGAUGGAAACUGAAAAGUCAGACGAGGAGGAUGGUGUGUACCUCGUCCAUGAGAGUAGACUGUGUAGUACAUGCCUUAAAAUAUGUAAAGACCCAGGAGGAAGGCAUUUGAGAGGAGAUUGUAUGAGGGACAUGUUUGAGGACAAAAGGUGUUAUUCGGGACUGGUAACACCGAACUCAGUGGCUGCGGUCAAUCAGGAUGUUUGGAGAGUUAAGAAACUUGAACACUAUCAGUCGUUCGAAAGCAAUAUUUGAUAUGUUUUGAUGCAUAUCACACUUCAACUCAUUAUACAACAACAAUGAAAACAUUUGCUCCUUCAAUA